AUGUCUUGCUCUAAGAAAUCCUGUGAUGGCUGCUCAUGCAGUAGCAAUACGCAACAACCUAUUCAAAUCGAAGACUGCAUUAGCGAGCUGCAAGCUCUUCGACGACGCAAUCAAGAACUAGAGACUCGACUCGGUCUCAAUUCCGAGCAAGAUGCACCAAAAAUCACAAAGAAGCCCGGUCGCACCCUACGGUCGGCGGCAUGGUUCGAUUGUCGCAGCGAUCCCGGCAUGACGGCCAUUUACAUGGAGCGGUAUUUCAACUUCGGCAUCACACGGGAAGAAUUGAUGUCCGGCAAGCCGAUGAUCGGAAUUGCACAGUCUGGAUCGGACAUCGCACCUUGUAAUCGACACCACAUCGAGCUGGCUAAGCGGGUCCGUGAGGGUAUUCGCACAGCUGGCGGUAUCGCCAUUGAAUUCCCCACUCACCCUAUUCAAGAGACGUCAAGACGACCAACGGCCACGUUGGACCGAAACCUGGCUUAUCUUACUCUUGUGGAGAUUUUGACGGGUUAUUUUCUCGAUGGUGUCGUUCUUUUGACGGGAUGUGACAAGACGACUCCAGCAUGCUUGAUGGCUGCUGCCACAGUGAACAUCCCAGCAAUCUGUAUGAACGUUGGUCCUAUGCUGAAUGGCUACGCCAAGGGCACUCUCGUAGGAUCUGGUGCUGUUCUGUGGAAGGGACGAGAGAUGUAUGCCACAGGCGAAAUUGAUGAACACCAGUUCAUGGAUUACAUUUCCCAAAGAUCCUCUAGCACUCCCUCUGUUGGACACUGUAAUACAAUGGGAACUGCAUCCACAAUGAAUGCUCUCGCAGAAGCCCUGGGAAUGGCCCUUCCAGGAUCCGCAGCUAUUCCUGCUGCGUAUCGCCACAGAGCCCAAUGUGCCUAUGAGACUGGUAAACGGAUCGUGGAGAUGGUCAACAUUGACCUGAAACCCAGUGACCUGAUGACCCGCGAAGCAUUCGAGAAUGCGAUCGUGGCAAAUGGCGCCAUCGGUGGUAGUACCAAUGCCCCCAUCCACCUCAAUGCUAUUGCCCAACAUAUGGGCGUUGAGCUGUCUAUGGACGAUUGGGACACAAUUGGAUCUCACAUCCCUCUGCUAUUGAACAUGCAGCCUUCAGGUGAAUACCUUGGAGAAGAAUAUUUCCGCGCUGGAGGCCUCCCUGCUAUCAUGGCAGAACUCCUUGACGCCGGCAAGCUGAACGGAGAUGCCUUGACUUGCAACGGUCGCACAAUCGCCGAGAAUGUUCGUGACCAGCAUUCUUGGGACCGCCGGGUCAUUCGUCCAUACGAUGAUCCCUUGAUGAAGGACGCAGGCUUUGUCCAUCUCAAGGGUACACUAUUCGACUCUGCCAUCAUGAAGACCUGCGUCAUCUCCCCUGCCUUCCGCGAACGCUACCUAUCAAACCCCGAAGAUCCCGAAGCAUUCGAAGGCUCGGUCGUCGUAUUCGACGGACCUGAAGAUUACCACGGCCGUAUCGAGAAUAUGCCAGAGAUCGAUGACAAGACGGUCUUGAUCAUGCGUGGGGUUGGUCCACUUGGAUACCCCGGUGCGGCGGAAGUCGUCAACAUGCACCCACCCGGCCGACUACUGAAGCAAGGAGUCGAUGCCCUGUUCUGCAUUGGUGACGGACGCCAGUCAGGCACCUCGGGUUCGCCCUCCAUUCUCAAUGCUAGCCCCGAAGCGGCUGCAGGUGGUAACCUUGCCAUUCUUCAAAAUGGCGAUAAGAUUCGCAUUGACUUGCCGAAACGACGAGUCGAUAUUCUCAUUAGUGAUGAGGAAAUUACGUUGCGGAGGAAGGAGGUAUUUUCGAAAGAGUAUCCCUUGGUUCCUAGUGGUACCCCCUGGCAGGAGAUUUUCCGCCAGGAGACGGAUCAAUUAUCCAGUGGCAUGGUGCUGAAGAAGGCUGUAAAAUAUCAACGUCUGGCGCAGACCAAUGGUCCACCCAGACACAACCACUGA